UCAGAUCAGGCAGAAUUCUUGAGUUCUUGAACGAAUUGCCAUACGGUAUUUUUACCCAUACGCUGGCAAGUGGCAACCCAACAAGCCGAACCCAGUGAACCGACGACCCUAAAGCAAACCCCAAAUCGAACACGAAGUCACGACCCCGACCCAGCCACACCGCAACAGACCACCAUGGCCGUGGCCACACGCGCCCGCGGCUCCGAGCUCCUCCGCGCCCUGGCCGCCACGAGGGGUCCCCCGCCGGCAGCGGCAGCGGCAGCGCAGCUCCGAUCCAUCCACGAGGGGCCAGACACCAUCGACGAGCUCCUCGACCGCCACCUCUCCAAGAAGAGCCCCUCCUCCUCCUCCUCCCUCCUCGACGACGACGCGGCGGAGGCCCUGGCGCGGCGGCGGCUGACGAGCACGCGGCGGGAGGCGCUGGCGCUGUACCGGGACAUCCUCCGCGCCGCGCGGCUCUUCGAGUGGCCCGACGAGCGCGGCGUGCCGUGGCGGGAGGCCCUGCGCGCCAACGCGCGGCGCGAGUUCGAGGAGGCCCGCGGCGAGCGCGACCCGGAGGUGGUGGCGCGGCUCCUCAUCGGCGGCCGCGACGCCGUCGAGCAGGCCCUGGAGCGCGUCGCCGAGGCCUCCCGCCGCGCCGUCCAGGCCGAGGAAGCCAAGCGCCGAGGCGGGGCCUAGAUGUAGGCCGAGGAAGCCAAGCGCCGCUCCCACAAGCUCCGAUGCGUCUCCAUGCUUUCACUUCUCCUGCUGCUGCUUAUGCUUUGUUGAUUUUGCUGUGGGUUACGUACGAAGGUUUAUGUGUUGUGACAGAAAAUGGAAAAAUCCUUGAUCUUACUUAUGAAGCAGUUCCCCCCUUGCCAUUCCCAAAUCUGUGUGUGCCAAGAAAUGCGACUGGAAAGCAACUUUUGUUUUGCAUUUCAUCAUUGUAUGAUGUAUGGUAUACACCGAGUUACCUACCUGUAAUUCCAAAAAUUUCAGUCCAAAAGAAUUGACUCUGUACAUCA